AUGACCUCCUUCAAUCCCACAAAACGCGACCUCCUCAUCGUCCUAGCGGUCACGACUGUCCUCGGGUUAUUACUGCAAUUUGACACUUUCCGCUUUGCCGAUGGCGCCGGCGGAUCUACAUUACUGGGGAGUGGCGGGAACUUCCGCGCGGGUGAUGGGGACGGAUGGCUGGAGAGCGUAGAGACAGGUGCGAGGUAUGCGGCAAUGGAGAAGAUUGCGGGGAUGGGGCAGAAUAAGGUGAAGUGGGGAGAGGGAGGAGCGAUGGAGACGGAGGUAUUGGCGCAUGCUCCUGGAUGGACCAUCUUUGACCAAUUAUAUCUCUUCAACGGAACUUGGUACAUCGUCUCGGACCGGCCACAUAAAAUACCAUUACUGCGGAUGAUGACAAGUACUGGGAAUGAGAUAUGGAAUGAUGAGGAAUCUAUCGCUGGACGAGAACCAACAGACAAGGAUAUGAAAAUCAUCUUUCCAUCAGAAGCAAAGAAGCUGUGGGGCCACUCUGCAUCAAGAGUAUCGGAGACCUCAUUCUUGAUCAAUGAUCCCCCUCAAUUCCUGGACCAUUACUACCACUUCGCGGCUGAACUGCUGGUCGGCCUUUGGCGGACCUACUCCUCGCUCGACACUACCAUAUCCGCUACCGGAACGACCCACCUCCCAUCACCCGCCCGAAUGAUGUUCCCACAUACAGAAGCUGGUAAAUGGAACGACUACGCCAAGAUGAACUCAUUCCUCUCCCGCGCCAUCUUCCCCUCGAUGUCGUACGAAUACGCCUCGGACUUUCACGAUCGGACAGACACAGCCCGGGCGUUCCUUUUCGAGCGGGUGGUCUUUGCGGAUCGAGCGGCCGCUUGGCGCGGAAAGGAGUUCCAGCGGACAUACCGUACCACCUCCGAAGCCGUCACGCUCGCCGCGAGCAAGUAUUGGUGGUACCCGGUCCGCAAGAACCUGCUCGAUUUCGUCGGCAGUGGCGAUCCCGAGGCGCAUGCGUCAGACAUCCACGGCGUUGGGUUUGAGGAGGAUAUAGAUGAGGAUGAUGUCGAGUCGGCAGAGAAAGAGGAGGCGGUGGCGGUCGAGCAGGAGCUGGACGCGAUGGAGAAGAUCGACGCGAAGCAGGCCAAGAAUGGGAAGCCCGUCAUCACCUACGUCUCGAGGCAGGAUUGGGGUCGGCGGAUGCUGCUGCCCGAGGCGCACGCCAGUUUUGUGGAGGAGCUGAACAAGCUGGAGGAGAAGUACGGGUGGGAGGUGCAUGUGGUGGCGAUGGACAAGCUGUCUAGGGAUGAGCAGAUCAGGCUGGCGGCAAGGUCAACGAUUAUGUGCGGUAUCCACGGGAACGGUCUCACUCAUCUCCUCUGGAUGAACUCCCUUAACCCCAAAUCAACAGUCAUCGAGUUCUUCUUCCCUGGUGGAUUUGCAGAGGACUACGAAUUCACCGCUCGCGCUCUCGGCAUCAGACAUUAUGGGAUAUGGGACGACACGUCCUUCACCUAUCCCGAUUUACCGCAGCUCGCCUAUCCCGAGGGGUUCCAGGGGAACGAGAUUCCAUUAAAUGGAAAGGCUGUCGCCGAUCUCAUUGUGGAGCGGCUGCUUCUGGAGAAGCCGGAGGACGUGGCUGAGCGGGAUGGGGAAGCAUGA